AUGAAUAGUGCCACUCUAUGGCGAAGUAGACGGGUUAUUAUUAAUCUGUUCAGGUACGGUACUUUGAGAUGCUCACCUAUAAUAAGCAGGCAAUUUCAUUGCGGCAUUGUUUCGCUUCAAAACUCCCAUGGGUCUAUUGAUGAAAAUCGUCGAAAAGUGGUGAAAAAAAUUGUUGAAAACAAGCUCGAGGACACGCUAAGGGAUAUACAUAAGUCGGGAGCCAAUUUACUUGAGAUUAAACUUGCUCAGAACCCAUUUGAUCUCGGUUAUCUUUCACGUUUGGCUAAGAUUUAUGACUUUAUGUUGGUUGAAUUUGAAAAAAGGUGUACAGAGCAUGAGAAGCGAAGAGGGAAGUUGCCAUCGAUUAAUGAUAUUCCAGAGGUUAUAAUUGAUAAUAUACAAGAAAACUUUAGGACGAAAUACCCACAAGAGCCUCCCAUAUCCGCAGAGGAAAUAUUGGAAACUGUGCGUGUAUUUUACGCGCUCUCCAACAACUUUGCAUAUAUGGACCAAAUGAACUUCAAUAAUGAAAUUGUCCAGAAAUUGUUGGUUGCGUAUGAUAACGGUGUGCUUGCAGAUGAACAGGACAUUAAGGGCACAGCCGAAAAGUUGUCCUUGGACCCCAUAAUUGUAGAAUUAUGGUUCAAAAUAUUUGAAACUCUUUCAUCUACAAGCUUUGCUGUUGAUAAGAAAAAGACGUUUGCUUUAUGUCCUGAUGAAAACGAUGAUAUCACAGGAGAGUUGAGUGCAUUGGAUACAAGAUUAAGAAAACAUUUUGGAAAAGGUUUGGGCUAUUUUUGGCAGCACCUCAACACAAGCGAUAACAAAAAUACAAGCAGAAAUACCAAUGACGAUAAGAAAAGCACAAGCUAUAAUAUCAAUGAAGUGGAAAAAACCAGAAAAAGCGGUAAAUCUAGUGAAGAACACAAGGUUCAAAAUAAUAGUGACGGAAGCGGAGGAGAAGGAGGAGAAGGUGGGAAAGGAGGAAAAGGAGGAGGAAAAGAUAACAAGCGGGAUAAAGACAAAGGUUUCAAUUUUGAGACUGAAAUCAAUACAAAACAAGCUUUACAGAUUGGUGCUUUUGCAUUAAUUGGUAUGUUUCUUCUUAGUCUCACGACCGGUGACAAUAGCAACGAAAUCACAUUCCAGGCCUUUGUAGCUGAUUACUUGAGCCAGAACAAGGUCUCCAAAGUGGUGGUUGUCAAUAAUAAUGUUGCGUAUGUUGAAUUGAAUGAUAACGGUUUGCGUCAAAGUAAUUCUGGAAAGUUGCAUUUCAACAUUGGUUCUGUGGAAACAUUUGAACGCAACUUGCGCGAAGCUCAAGAUAAGUUCAACAUUGCACCUCAAAUGCGAGUUCCUGUGGUUUACACGACGAGAGGGUCCAUGACUAAACUUUUGAUUAAUUUUUUACCUACGAUUUUGUUUCUUGGUGCCAUUUAUUGGAUGACCAAAAAAGCAGCGUCUUCCAUGGGGGGAAUGGGUCCAAUGGGUUUCGGUAAGUCCACAGCAAAGAAAUUUAACCAGGAGACUGAUGUAAAGAUCAAGUUUAAGGAUGUUGCCGGUAUGGCUGAAGCAAAACAAGAAGUUACUGAAUUUGUCAGCUUUUUGAAGAAUCCCGAUAAAUAUGAACUGCUUGGAGCAAAGAUUCCUCGAGGUGCUAUUCUUUCUGGACCACCCGGUACUGGUAAAACAUUACUUGCUAAAGCCACUGCUGGAGAAGCAGGGGUACCAUUCUAUUCAGUUUCUGGUUCAGAGUUUGUUGAGAUGUUUGUUGGAGUUGGGGCAUCUCGUGUACGCGAUUUGUUUAAAACUGCUAGAGAAAAUGCACCAUCUAUUGUCUUUGUGGAUGAGAUUGAUGCUAUUGGAAAGCAACGUUCAAAAGGAAAUGCCUCGGGGGCAAAUGAUGAGCGCGAAACAACAUUGAAUCAACUUUUGGUUGAAAUGGAUGGGUUUGAUAGCACUGAUCACGUUGUUGUUUUAGCAGGUACAAACAGAGCGGAUAUUUUGGACAAAGCGUUGUUGAGACCUGGUAGAUUUGAUAGACACAUUCACAUUGAUAAUCCCGAAUUGCAGGGUAGGAAAGAAAUAUUUGAUGUUCACUUGAAAAAAAUUACUUUACAAAAGAACAUUGACAAAGACUUGUCGGGUAGAUUGGCAGCAUUAACACCUGGUUUUUCUGGAGCAGAUAUUGCAAAUGUUUGUAAUGAAGCGGCACUUAUUGCUGCUAGGUUCAAUUCUGAUUGUGUCGUUUUAAGACAUUUUGAAUUGGCCAUUGAACGUGUUAUAGGAGGUGUUGAGAAGAAGUCUAAAUUGCUUAAUCCUGAAGAACAAAAGAUUGUUGCGUUCCACGAAGCUGGACAUGCCAUAUGUGGUUGGUUUUUGAAGCACGCACAUCCCUUGUUGAAAGUGUCUAUUAUCCCUCGUGGGCAAGGAACGUUGGGUUAUGCCCAAUACUUGCCACCAGAUCAACAUUUGAUGUCUAGCGCGCAAUUGUAUGAUAGGAUGAUAAUGACAUUAGGUGGAAGAGUUUCUGAAGAGUUGCAUUUUGCUUCAGUAACUAGCGGAGCACACGAUGACUUUAAAAAAGUGACCAAUAUUGCACAAUCCAUGGUUUUGAGAUUUGGUAUGUCUCCAGUAAUUGGAAUGGUGAAUUACUACGAUGCCAGGUCCCAAGAUGACUUGACUAAACCUUUUAGUGAUCAAACGAGCAAAAAAAUCGACAAUGAAGUUCAAAGGAUUGUAAGUGAAUGUUAUGAAAAAUGUAAACAAUUAUUAACUGAGAAGACAAAAGAAGUUAAUCUUGUUGCGCAAGAGUUAUUAAAGAAGGAGUUUAUAACUCGAGAAGAUAUGAUUCGUCUUUUGGGAAAGAGACCUUUCCCCGAAACCAAUGACGCAUUUGACAAGUAUCUUGAUGGAAAAGAUGCAUUCCAAAGUGAUGAGAAGCCAAAUAAGUCAGAUGAUGAAGCUAACGAAAACAAAGAUGGUGCAAAGUGA